AGUUCUCGCGAGAGUGCAGGUGUCUUCGCAUCGGUGGCAACGGGGUCGGAGGCUCAACAUGGAAGCUCUCGGAGACUACGUGUGGCCGCGGGCGACCUCCGAGCUCAUACUCCUCCCUGUUACGGGGCUGGAGUGUGUGGGGGACCGGUUAUUAGCGGGUGAGGGGCCUGAUGUCCUGGUAUACAGCUUGGAUUUUGGUGGGCAUCUGCGGAUGAUGAAGAGAGUGCAGAACCUGCUUGGCCACUAUCUUAUCCAUGGGUUCCGGGUUCGGCCAGAGCCCAGUGGAGACCUGGAUUCAGAGGCCAUGAUAGCUGUAUUUGGAAGCAAGGGACUCAGAAUUGUGAAGAUUAGCUGGGGUCAGAGCCGCUUCCGGGAGCUCUGGCGCUCUGGCCUAUGGAACAUGUCCGACUGGAUCUGGGAUUUGCGCUGGCUUGAAGGUAAUGUGGCCUUGGCCCUGGGUCACAAUUCAGUGCUGCUGUAUGACCCUGUGGUAGGAUGCAUGCUGCAGGAUGUACCCUGCAUGGACAGAUGCACCCUCUCCUCAGCCUGCCUGAUUGGAGAGACCUGGAAGGAACUAACUAUAGUGGCAGGCGCUGUUUCCAACCAGCUUCUAGUCUGGUACCCAGCAGCUGCUCUCGAAGACAACAAGCCUGUGGCACCUGACCGACGGAUCAGUGGGCAUGUAGGUGUCAUCUUCAGCAUGUCCUACCUGGAAAGCAAGGGCUUGCUGGCAACAGCUUCAGAAGACCGAAGUGUUCGUAUCUGGAAAGUUGGUGACCUGCGGGUUCCUGGGGGUCGGGUACAGAAUAUUGGACACUGCUUUGGACAUAGUGCCCGUGUAUGGCAGGUCAAGCUGCUAGAGAAUUACCUUAUCAGUGCAGGUGAAGACUGUGUGUGCUUGGUAUGGAGUCAUGAAGGUGAGAUCCUCCAAGCCUUUCGGGGCCACCAGGGCCGUGGUAUCCGGGCCUUGGCUGCUCAUGAGAAACAGGCCUGGGUUAUUACUGGGGGUGAUGACUCAGGCAUUCGUCUGUGGCACCUGGCAGGGCGUGGGUACCCGGGAUUAGGGGUCUCGGCUCUCUGCUUCAAGUCCCCUAGCAGGCCAGGUACCCUCAAGGCCGUGACACUGGCUGGCUCUUGGCGACUAUUGGCAGUGACUGAUACAGGCGCCCUGUACUUCUAUGAUCUUGAGGUCAAAUGUUGGGAGCGGCUGCUAGAGGAUAAGCACUUCCAGUCUUACUGCCUGCUGGAGGCAGCUCCUGGUCCCGAAGGGUUUGGACUGUGUGCUAUGGCUAAUGGGGUAGGUUGUGUCAAGGUUGUCCCCAUCAACACUCCAACUGCUGCUGUGGACUGUGCCCUGUUCCCUGGGAAGGUCUAUAGCCUGAGCUGGGCCCUGCGUGGCUAUGAGGAGCUCCUGUUGCUGGCCUCCGGCCCUGGUGGAGUGGUGGCUUGCCUAGAGAUCUCAGCUGCACCCUCUGGCAAGGCUAUCUUUGUCACAGAACGUUGCCGGUACCUGCUGCCCCCAAGCAAGCAGAGAUGGCACACAUGCAGUGCCUUUGUGCCCCCAGGUGACUUCUUGGUGUGUGGGGACCGUCGAGGUUCUGUGCUGCUAUUCCCCUCCAGACCAGGAGUGGUCAAGGACCCUGGGUUUGGAGGCAAUGCUGAGGCUGGAGCUGGGGCACUCGGAGCGGGUGGUGGCACUGGUGGGGGUGAGAAUGCUGUGGCUGAGUGGAGCCCUGUGUCUACCCUCCAUUCUCUGCAUGGGAAGCAGGGUGUGACCUCAGUCACCUGUCAUGCUGGGUAUGUGUAUACCACAGGGCGGGAUGGUACCUACUACCAGCUCUUUGUUCGAGGCAGCCAACUCCAGCCCGUCCUACGGCAGAAGACCUGUCGGGGCAUGAACUGGGUAGCUGGGCUUCGAGUGGUGCCUGACGGGAGCAUGGUCAUCCUGGGUUUCCAUGCCAACGAGUUCGUGGUAUGGAGCCCCCGCUCACAUGAGAAGCUGCAUGUGGUUAGCUGUGGAGGAGGCCAUCGCUCCUGGGCCUUCUCUGAUACCGAAGCAGCCAUGGCUUUUUCCUACCUCAAGGAUGGGGAUGUCAUGCUGUACCAGGCUCUGGGUGGCUGCACCCGGCCACAUGUGAUCCUCCGGGAGGGUUUGCAUGGCCGGGAGAUCACCUGUGUAAAACGUGUGGGUGCCAUCACCCUGGGGCCUGAAUUUGAAGUGCCCAGCUUGGAGGAGCCUGACUACUUGGAGCCUGGUAACGAGGGGCCUGGCCUGACUGACAUCGUGAUCACCUGCAGUGAGGAUACUACUGUCUGUGUCCUGGCGCUCCCUACGACCACAGGCUCAGCCCAUGCCCUCACAGCUGUCUGCAAUCAUAUCUCCUCCGUGCGAGCUGUGGCUGUGUGGGGCCUCAGCACCCCAGGUGGCCCUCAUGAUCCUCAGCCAAAUCUGACUGCCAAUGUAGUGUCUGCAGGUGGUCGAGCAGAGAUGCACUGCUUUAGCAUCAUGGUCUGUCCCGACCCUAGCACUUCAAGUGGCCUUGCCUGCCACGUCAUGCACCUUUCCUCCCACCGGCUAGAUGAGUACUGGGACCAGCAACACAAUCGGCAUCGCAAGAUCAAGGUGGACCCUGAGACCAGCUCUCGUUUUAGGUACAUGUCCCUUGCUGUCUGUGAACUUGAGCGCCCUGGCCUUGGCCCCCUUGUGGCUGCAGCCUGUAGUGACGGGGCCGUGAGGCUUUUUCUCUUGCAGGACUCAGGGCGAAUUCUGCAGCUUCUUGCUGAAACUUUCCACCACAAGCGCUGUGUCCUCAAGGUCCACUCCUUUACACACGAGACCCCCAACCAGCGGCGGCGGCUGUUCCUAUGCAGUGCAGCUACUGAUGGCAACCUGGCCUUCUGGGACCUUACCACUGUGCUGGACAGUGGUUGUACUGUCCUUGAGCCUCCAGCAGACCCUGGCCUUCCCUCCCGGUUAGGCACUCCCUGCAUGACUCUCCAGGCCCACAGCUGUGGUGUCAACAGCCUGCACACCUUGCCCACACAUGAGGGCCACCAUCUUGUGGCAAGUGGCAGUGAGGAUGGCUCCCUCCACGUCUUUGUGCUUGCUGUGGAGACACCAGAGCUGGGAGAAGCUGUGGGUGAGGCUGAGUUGGUGCCCCAGUUGCGUGUGCUGGAAGAAUAUUCUGUCCCCUGUGCACAUGCUGCCCAUGUGACAGGCCUCAAGAUCCUGAGCCCCAGCCUCAUGGUCUCGGCCUCCAUUGACCAGCGUCUGACAUUCUGGCGCUUGGGACAUGGUGAGCCCACCUUUAUGAACAGCACUGUGUACCAUGUGCCAGAUGUGGCUGACAUGGACUGCUGGCCUGUGAGCCCUGAGUUUGGCCACCGUUGUGCUCUUGGGGGCCAAGGGCUUGAGGUUUACAACUGGUAUGACUGAGGUGUCCACGGUGGCCGGUGUGCUGGGUAUGGGGCCUACUCACAGGCAGUGGAGCAGGGAUCGACUGUCUGUGCCUGUACCCAGCAUGCCUCAAGGAGAGGUGGUGGUGGCCAUGGGUUCCUGACUCCAUAGCAGGACUAGAGGUGAGUUGAGUGCUGCUUGGGUGGACAGAGAAGACACCCUGUUCCCUACUAUAGGUGUAACAAGCAAUUUAUUUUGGUUCCAAGGUCCUAACAUCUGUGGCUAUUAUUUUCUUUUCCCAGUUGAUGAUUUUGUAAACAUUCCCAGAUGUUGAGCUCUCUGUGGUGUUAGAUGUGGCUCAGUGGUGGGAGACCCAGCAUAGCCAGGCCAGCGUGGAGCACCUCACGAAUGGCUCUUAGAAGUUGCAGGCGGGCAAACAUCUGACCAAAGAGAUGUGGCCGAGCCUCCUGAAGGAGAAGGGACCUACUGGUCUCAUCCUCUGCUUCACUCUGUAGCCUUCUGCACCUCCCACACACACCCUUCUGCUGUGUGCUCACCCCUAGUACGUGUACCCGGUUGUAGUAUGAACUGAAGUCCAUGCUGAGCUGUACCAGGAACUUGCAUACCUAGAGAUAGAGAUUGAGUCACUGGCUUGUGUCUUUGGCCCAGAAUAAAGUAGAAUGUGUUGUGUC